GAGAAGGAAAGUUAGUGACAGGUGUGUGCAUUCUUCCUCCAUAUGUGUGCGAGUAGCGUCUCCUAAGCAUUAUUGGUGAACUGCAGGAUGAGGAAUGCAUUAACUUUGGAACAACUCUAGUAGCUGAGAAGAGUGUGUUCUGUAGAAAAAGAGUGUAACAUCUUUGAGUCAUCUAAAGUGAAUUUUCUGCAUCAUGUCCACAAGAUAUCAUUCUUACAACGAAGGACAAUCAGUAACAACCAAGCCGGAGAUUUAUUCAUCUUCAAUCCCAGAGAAUGAUGUCUUAACGACAGACUUCAAUGAAACCACACACCUUUUGGGGAAUUUGAAAAAGAAACAUGAAACAGUGGCUGAAAAAGAAGACAAUGGAAAUGGUGGUCAAUCUUUCACUGUUGGAUAUACUGCAGAUCUUGUCACAGAUGACAAAAGAAUAACGUCUAAUAACCUUCCAGUGUAUAGGAGAAUAUGGACCAGGUUGUCUUCCAGCUCCCAAGGUAGCAGUGAAUCAAAGUCAUGGAUUACAGGACUAACCUCAAAAAAGGCAAUGCAGAGAUGGAACUUUCUCAAGAUAACGCUUCUGUGUAUGCUAAUGAUUGUAGUAACGGUUUUCUUCAGCUUACAGGAAGAAACGGAGGAAGUCCGAGCAAUCUUAGCAACUUCACGCUAUGAGAGCCACUUCCUAAACAUCAGUGAUCAUAGUGAGGCUGGAUCACCGAUAAUCAGACUGAGUAUUGCAGGUGCUUUUGCUACUGCCAUGGUUACUGGUGAUACGUACACAGAGGACCCCCACAAUGCAACAGUUACUCUAGCCAGGUCAUCUGAUGGUCAUGUGAUAGAAGAGUUUAACUAUGUGUUACUUACAGAUAAGGAUGUUGUCAAGAGUAGUGAGAUGGUUGAAUAUACCAAUAAGAUUCAGUUGCCAUCACAAGGAGAGGAUGGAUUUUACAUCAAGGUGGCAACCACUACCGAUCAUCAUACAGUGAUUACAGUCCGUUAUACAUUCCUGCCUAAAGCUGCCGAGUAUGAAGUCAUUUAUGCUGGAGUUAUCCUGCUUGCUGUUUAUGUGCUCAUUGGUUUUGAAUUAGUUCAUCGUACAGUAGCGGCCAUGUUAGGUUCGUUUGCUGUGCUAGCAGUUCUAGCAGCACUAAAUGAAAGACCUUCUCUGGAGACAGUUAUGCAAUGGGUGGACUACGAGACCCUCGCUCUACUCUGGGGAAUGAUGACCAUUGUAGCGAUAUUUUCUGAGACUGGUUUCUUUGAUUUCUGUGCCCUGAAAGCCUACAAGAUGGCUAAGGGGAAGGUAUGGACCCUCAUCACCAUCCUCUGUCUCUUCUCUGGAGUUGUCUCAUCUGUCUUGGAUAACGUAACCACCAUCUUGCUUCUUACUCCUGUCACUAUCAGAUUAUGUGAAGUGCUGGAGAUUGAUCCCAAGUAUGUUCUGAUUGCAGAGGUAAUGUUUUCCAACAUUGGUGGCACUGCUACAGCCAUUGGAGAUCCACCUAAUGUUAUUAUUGUCUCUAAUAAAGGCAUCCAAAAAGCAGGUAUAGACUUUGCAGAGUUUACAUUACACAUGAUGAUUGGCAUACUAUUCUGCAUGGUAGCUGGUUUCCUGCUGCUAAGGUUACAGUAUAGAAAUAUCAACUUGACUGCCAAAGAUCCACCGGAGUUAAGAGAGCUAAAGCGGGAGAUAGAGUUAUGGAGACAGAGUGCAACACGUAUCAUGGUUGCUACCAAAGAGGAAGCUACAGUCAAAGCUCUACUCUUACAGAAAGUUAACCAGUUGGAAGAAACAUUGAAAUAUCAGCAGGUCACAGUGGGAGUGCUUGAGUCAAAUUCAACAUGGAAGGAAACUCUCUCAGAGUUAGAAAAAAAGUAUCGUAUUACUGACCCAAAUCUACUUGUCAAAUGUGGCAUUGUGUUAAUAGUGGCCAUCAUCAUGUUCUUUGUCCAGUCAGUGGAGAGUAUUCAUUUAAACUUAGGCUGGAUAGCUCUUCUAGCAGCGACUUUUCUUAUAGUCCUUGCCGACAUCAAUGACAUUGAGAAUGUGUUACAUAGGAUUGAGUGGACAACUUUAGUGUUCUUUGCUGCUCUAUUUGUUCUUAUGGAGGGUUUGACUCAUCUAGGUUUGAUUGACUUCAUUGGCAGUCUGGUAUCUGCUGUAAUUAAGGCAGUGCCAGAAAACAGUCAGUUAACAGUGGCCAUUAUACUCCUAGUAUGGGUGUCUGCUAUAGCAUCCUCCUUUAUAGAUAACAUCCCAUUCACUACAGCUAUGAUCCCCGUUAUACUUAAUCUUGGUAAUGAUCCUGAUCUGAAUGUCCCAUUGAAACCAUUAGUCUGGUCCCUGGCGUUCGGAGCCUGUCUCGGUGGGAAUGGUACUCUCAUUGGAGCCUCAGCUAAUGUAGUAUGUGCAGGGAUCGCUAAACAACACGGAUGUAGUUUCUCAUUCAAAGAAUUCAUGAAGGUUGGAUUUCCCAUGAUGCUUGUGACUUCCUUUGUGGCUAUGUGUUAUCUGCUCAUUGCGCACAGCUUGGCUGGAUGGAACGACUAAAGACUACAGUAGGAAUUACCAUGGGAUAACACAACAUUGGGUUAUCAAAGAUGGAGACCACUCAGCCCGACCAUUCCAAGUAUGUCACCAUCAGGGCACAAUUUCAUGGCUCUGCUUACCGCCGAAUUCUUCGUUUAUGAUCACAGGGCUGCCAACUCUCCUUGAUUCUGUAGAAAGUUCCCUGAAAAUAAAACAAUCUUUCCAUGUUCUGAUGAACAAGUUUGACAAUCUCCCUGGUCAUGGAGAUGUUGUCCCUAUUAUAUGUUGUAUGUUAUUCUACUAGGUAGUAUGCCUAGUAACAUGGAGUACGCGCACAAGCCAAAAUCCCCCGCUAACCCGUGAAAUGUGCUGGACGUAAGCAUGGAAUUCCCUGCUUCUGCAAGCAGCGAUUUUUGCUUGCGAUAAGCAGAGUCAUGAAAUUGGGCCCUGCUGAGCUCCCAGCUUGCCACGUCAAACACCCACAAACACAGAACCUAAAGCUUGUUUAUUCUACCUUUGUAUGGGAGUCCUUAAAAUCAUGACUGAAAGGCCUCAAAGGCCAAGUGGUUUUUAAAACAAUUCAAGUGGGAAACCCAACCCAAAAUUUUCAUGAAACUUGCAGUUUCUGUCAUGAACCGAAUCUUAUGAGAACAAAAGGUUUAAAAAAAAACUAACAUUUCACAAUCGACUAUAUUAUUUACCCAGUAAUUAUACGGCAGGAUUUCUGAACAGAAUACGUCUAAUUCAUAUGGCUAAUUGGACCCUUUCAGUAAACAGUUUUCACAAAACUUUCGUUCAAGGCCCACACUUCGUGUAU